AUGAUUUCGAAAUUCACUUGCCUACACACUGCGCGUCUGGCUGCACGAUACCCCCUGAGACGAACGUAUGCGACGGCGUCAUCCGACUUCGUCCGCAUCGUAGAGGUCGGCCCGCGCGACGGGCUACAGAACGAGAAGCAGAGCAUACCAGUUGCUACCAAGAUUGAGCUUGUAAAUAGAUUGGCACAGACUGGCUUGAAGACGAUUGAGGCAGGAUCGUUCGUAUCGCCGAAAUGGACACCGCAGAUGGCCAACUCGUCCCAGAUCCUCGAACAUGUCCUCGCAUCUCCGCCGACUGCUCCCCACCCAAUCACCUACCAAUGGCUCCUCCCGAACGUCAAAGGCUUGGACAAUUUCUUAUCGGUCUGGGAAGCUAAGGCUGUAGGACAAAAUGGAUAUCCCACACCUCCACCAUCUCCAGACAGCGAAGCAACAGCCGGCACAGACGGGGGCGCAGCAGGAGCGAACGUCCAUGAGCUCUCCAUAUUCACAGCGGCAACCGAGACGUUCACGCAAAAGAACACAAACUGUUCGAUAGCAGAGUCUCUGCAGAGAUUCGAGCCGAUAAUGGCGCGAGCGAAGGAAGUCGGUCUCAAUGUAAGGGCGUACAUCUCAGUCGCUCUUGGCUGCCCGUAUGAGGGACCAAACGUCGACCCGCACCAAGUUGCCGAACUUGCUGUGAGCCUCUUGGAGAUGGGUGCAGACGAGAUCUCCGUAGCCGACACUACGGGCAUGGGCACUGCACCCAAAACGGCGGAGCUCCUCAAGACGCUCAGUGCAGCCGGGAUCGAGAAGAACGAUCUGGCUCUGCAUUUCCACGAUACGUACGGGCAAGCUUUAGUCAACACUCUCGUUUCGCUCGAGCAUGGCAUUCGAACAUUUGACUCCGCUGUCGCUGGUCUUGGUGGCUGUCCAUUCAGUCCUGGUGCAACGGGCAACGUUGCUAGCGAAGACUUGAUCCAUUGCUUUCACAGUUUGGGCUUGAAGACCGGUGUCGAUAUCGAGAAGUUAUCAGGGGUUGGGGAGUGGAUCUCAUAUGAAAUCGGGCGCUCAAAUGAGAGCAGGGCAGGAAAAGCGACAAUGGCACAGAUUAAGAAACGAGAAGCGUAG